AUGGUUACCCGCAACCCACAAAAUCUGAGUUGUCCCCAGACUUCGGAGCUGGAGCUGAGAGAUGGCAAACUGGAUGUAGCUGAGAUGUUGGAUGCAACUUUUCUUCAGUUCAUUCAGAUAGAUAAACUCAUUUUCAACAACGUCACAAUCUCCUCUUUAUUUUUCAAUGAAUCUGAUAUCCCUCUUCUGUCCCUGUUAAAUCUGAGUCUGGAAGAUGUCCUGCCAGAGUUAGAAGCAUCUUCAAUUAAAACUCUUGAACUAGAAGACGUAACACUGGACCCCUCUCUCUUCCAUCCCUCCUUACAGGCGCUCUACCACUGGUUGUUUGGCUCCCUGGAAUCUCUCGUUCUUGUUCGUUCUGGCCCGGUUGAGAUUGACUGCAGCUUGGCUCAUAGAGUAGAAAACCUGGCUCAGCUGGACCUCUCCGAGAACCCCAUCUCUGUCACCAGCCUGCAGAAUAUUUCACAUUGCCCCUUUCUUUCAUUCAAGUACCUGAAAUCUCUUCGUCUGAGACGCAGCAACCUCACCUCCCUCCAGUCUCUCUGCACCAUCCUGAGUCUUACCCCUGCCCUCACUCAUCUUGAUGUCAGCAGGAACAAUUUCUCCAUCAUCCACUAUCCACACUGCCCCGAGAUGAAUCCGCUCAAGAUGCUCAAUCUUUCCCACUCAGGGAUUACAGAGAUUGACUCGUUGUUCUCUACAUCUCUGGAAGAACUGGAUCUAAGUUAUAAUUAUCUAGAGGUAUUCGACAACCCACCACAGACCCUGAAAAAGCUACAUUUGUCUAAUAACCGCCUCAUACGUCUCCCCUCUCUGGAUAACCUGUCUCAGCUCCGGGAGCUAAAAGUGGACAGUAACCAGCUUACUAUCUUGAUAAAUCAGACAGGUGGCAGUUUGAGCACACUGGAGCAGCUUGACAUUCUCUAUGCCAGGAGGAACCCUUAUCAAUGUGACUGUGACCUGAAAGAGACCAUCAUCUUCCUGGACAACUCAACCUUUGUGGAGGACUACCCUGCAGAGUUUCUGUGUGCCUCACCAGCGGUCCAGCAGGGAACUCCAAUAAUGAGUUUGUCUCUUGAAACGUGUGUGAAGGCAAAAGGUGGGAUUCAACGCCACGGCUCUCCUCUCUGCCUGACACUCUUUAUGGGUUUAUUGUCACACCUGAUUUAUUUUGGUUGAUGUUUGCAGCAGACAGCAUCCUUGUUUGGGUACCACUUUCUAAUACGCAUUCUCAUGAACAGGUUCGUAUGAUAUGUUACGAAAAGUUAUGCACACUAAAAACGAAUAAUAAUAUGAAAACUAGGAGACCUCCAACUGGUCACGUGACAUGGGCUACAAAGCUCUGUGCUACACAGUUUCUAGCUGUUUAAGCCGAGCUUCAUGCCGCCGACUACGAUGCUCUGCAUUGUGCUACGUCAGGUCAGCGGUAGUUGGUGGUACAGUUACCUGAGAUUAGGUGACUAUGCGCUGGGUACAGAGGACCGCGAGCUGCCAGUCAGGGUGCUCUG